GUGUCUAAAUUCUCUGUUUCUCUCUCCCCGAACACACUUUGGCGUAUUUCCUCCUCCUCUUCUCCUCUCCGUCAAAUCGCCAUUGUCUCUCCGUUCAUCCUUCGCCGCCGUCUGUCUUCUCGCCGUUAACCCUUUUUGCUAUAAACUUGGCUAGACACCUUUUUCGAUAAGACUGAACGAGAGGGCUCCUAUUAUUCUGGGUGCUCGUCUUCUCUAUUACUCCGAGUGAAAGCAUGGCUUACGGUGGUCCGUCGAUGAAUCCACCGGCUAUGAGUGGCGCGGUUUCUGGGUCCGGUAAUCUUAAGCAAGUGAAAUUGGAGAGAGAAAGCGAACUAAGGAUUGAAGUCUCUGACGAGCCUCUCAGACUCCGUGUGGUGAACGGGACGGCUGAGAUAUUCGGCUCUGAACUGCCUCCUGAAAUCUGGCGUACCUUCCCUCCUCGCCUGAAAUUUGCGGUUUUCACCUGGUAUGGAGCAACAAUUGAGAUGGAUGGUGUCACGGAAACUGACUAUACAGCAGAUGAGACACCAAUGGUCAGCUACGUUAAUGUGCACGCCAUACUAGAUGCAAGGAGGCGUUCUGCCAAAGCUUCCACGUCUACUGACUCAGGAUCUACUCAGGGACCUCGGGUUAUUGUAGUAGGGCCUACGGAUUCCGGAAAGAGCACGUUGACAAAGAUGCUUCUUAGUUGGGCAGCCAAACAGGGAUGGAAGCCAACAUUUGUAGACCUUGAUAUUGGCCAAGGCUCGAUUACAAUUCCAGGAACUAUUGCUGCUACUCCUAUAGAAAUGCCUCUGGAUCCAGUUGAAGGUGUUCCUCUUGAUAUGGCCCUCGUGUACUAUUACGGCCACAUCCAGCCGAGUAAGAACGUUGAGCUGUACAAAGCUCUGGUGAAAGAGCUUGCUCAAGUGCUGGAGAGACAGUUUACUGGAAACCCUGAAUCUCGAGCUGCUGGACUGGUGAUCAACACAAUGGGUUGGAUCGAGGGCGUCGGUUAUGAGCUGCUUCUCCACGCGAUCGACACAUUCAACACCUCGGUUGUGCUUGUACUAGGUCAGGAAAAACUCUUCAGCAUGCUUAAAGAUGUGCUUAGAAGCAAGAGUAACGUCGAUGUCGUGAAACUUCACAAGUCAGGAGGAGUUGUAGCCAGGGACAGUAAUUACCGUAAAGGAUCAAGGAGUUCUAGGAUUCAGGAAUACUUUUACGGACUAUCGAAAGAACUGUCUCCGUAUGCCAACACAGCGAGUUUCAAUGAUCUGCAAGUGUUCCGCAUUGGUGGUGGACCUCAAGCUCCAAGAUCAGCUCUUCCAAUCGGGUCUGACCCGGUUUCUAAUCCAUUGAGGGUAACGCCUGUAAAGAUUGAUGAUCAAAUACUGCUGCAUUCUGUUCUCGCUGUCUCAUAUGCAGAAGAACCAGACCAGAUCAUCUCAAGCAAUGUUUCUGGGUUUGUGUAUGUGACGGAAGUUGAUGUGCAGAGGAAGAAGAUAACGUUUUUAGCACCAUCGCCUGGGGCAUUGCCCAGCAAGUUCUUGGUCGCUGGGUCUUUGUCAUGGCUCGAGUCAGUAGAAGCAAGAAGAUGAUUAACUUAGAGAAUAGAGGGCCAUGUUGUCUUGCUAAGAAGGGCAAAUGAUUUGUAGUGUUUUUGGUGAUCUUGUUUUCGUCAUGAUAUCAUUUUUUUUUAUGUUAUUGAUUUCAUACCUUGGAAUAUUUCAGAAAAGUAAAUGAUAAUUUUC